UUUAUUUUUGCUUUAUUCUACACGAUCAGAUGUGAGGUUCAGCAAAAUUGUGUCCUCAAGACAAAUACAGUUACCCCCUGGGCAGAAUUACAAUGAGGAGACAUAAAAACACAAUGCUGCAGUCUAAACAACUUGAAAAUGUGAUUGCAAAUGAAAAAGUGAAAAGAUGGCUACAAAAGACAUCUACAGAUGCUUAAAUAUCGUUGGCUUUGAUCAAAUGGACUAAACUACCCUGACUUUCAAUACCAUCAUUUAAGCUCAAUUUAAACAGGCCUUAUGGGCUGUCUAAAUGUAGAAUGUCAUGUUUGUGUUUCCCAAUGGAUGGAUGGAUGGAUGGAUGGAUGGUGAUAUGUGCAUAUAAUGUAAUACAGUAUUGAUACAAUCAAAGAAAGGAACAUCAAUCACACUUCUAAAUAGAAAUCCUGUUCAUAUGAAGUACAUAUUCUGGUUCUGCAAUAUUCUGUUGAAAAAUGAUCUCAUAAAUUCUGAUACCAAAUUACUAAAGCUCCAGCUCUCCAUGAAAAUCGCUACUUUCAACACAACACUAAGCUGGAGGAAAAAUAAAUAAAUAAAUAUUUCUGCAAAACAGGAAUAGAAAAUGUCAGCUGUAAUGAUUUGAUAGGAUAAAUUUUACAGAGCAGUCAGAACCAGAUAACAAUACACAAAGAUAGAUACAGCGCUUUGCAAAAGUGCCCACACUCCUGGAACCUUUUCUCCUUUUGUCACAAACCUCAAAGUAACUACUACAAUGGGGCGUUAUACAAUAAACCAAAAAUAAACCAAAGAUGUAAUGUAGAAGUAAAAUGAUGCAUGAAGCUAAUGUUUUACAUCUCGUUAGCCCUAAAGCAUAAUUGCCUAAGUCGUGCGUUGUCUUAUGGUUACAAUAUCAACGAAAAAUAUAAUGGGCUUGCUGAAAAAUUUGUUUUGUCUUUCUUUCCGAUAAACCUUCGGACCAUGACAUAGGCAAUUAUGAUAUGAGGCUAAUGAUUUGUAUUUUACACAUUUUACUCUGACACUCCUAAAUAAAAUCCAGCAGAGCCAACUGUCUUCCAAGUCACCAGAGUCCACCUUUGUGUAAUUCUGGUGUGUGCUGUGAAAGCUUCAGAGGUUUGUUAAAGAACAUUAGUGAACAAAUAGCUCCGUGAAUACUCAAAGAACAAAGCAAGGAUAGCUAAUAAAACCAUAUCCCAACCUUUAAACAUAUUACAGAGCAUUGUUCAAUGUAUUAUCAGAAAAAUAAAAAGAGUCCACCACACUGUACACCUACCAAGAUACGCCCAUGUUUGAAUGGUCCAGUCAAAGCCCAGACCUAAAUCCAAUUAGGAAUCUGAGGCGAGACUUGAAAAUUAGUGGUCAUAGACACUUUUUACCUAAUCAGACUGAGCUUGGGCUAUUUUGUAAAGAAGAACAGGCAAAACAAAUUCAGUCUACAUAUCCACAAAGCUGCAAGAGAAGAUAUGUGUUUUUACACGGUAUGGACUCAGAGGUGCUGAAUACAAAUGCACGCCACACUGUCAGUAUUUUAUUUCGAAAUAAAAAUAAAAAAGCCAACAAUUUAUCUUCCACUUCACAAUUAUGUGCUACUUGAUGUUAAUCUAUCAGAUAAAAUCCUACUGAAAUAGAAUUGAAAUGACGUUUGUGGAUGUAAAAGGACAAAAUGUGAAAAUAAAUACAUGAAUACUCUUAGGAUGCAUUACAGAUACCUAAUUUUUAUAAUUUCAUUAACGACUUUGAGAUGUCCAACUCUGGUUGAAGAUAAAAAAUCUUUUGAAGUUCGAAAGAAAAAUAUCAGCAGAGUGGCUCCUCAUUUUUUUUCUACAUUAUCUUUGCCGUCCAGCGGUCGGGGUUUGGCUCCUCCUCCUUAUGCAGAACAGCCUCGGUAUCCGGAAAUUAACAAUCCCGUGAUGAUAGAGGAAUGCUAGCAUAGCAUCGGAAUGACAGCAGUGCCUUUUUCUGGGUGUGCUCUUCCACACCUUAACACUGUCAGCUAACAGUUUACAGUGUUUUAUAAAACAUGAACUUACAACUGUGUAAUGCUGUCGGACCUAUGUAUCCCUCCGCUCGGACGUUAAAGAGAUGAAUCCCUCCACCGGACCUAACGGAUCAGCUACGCUAGCCUCGCUGGAGCCAGAGGUCGGAUUUAUGAACCGUGCAAGCUAACAGGCUUGUCGAUACGUGUUACGGUGAAGGAAAUUACGCUGAACUCUUCGAAUCAGAACCGUGAAUAUGUUGCGGUUCGUCUUGGAAGAGCUGUCGGAUUUCGGGGACUACGCUGGAUACCAGAAGCUGAGAGACUUACUAACUUUUUCUAACGAUGAGCGCAGCAGAAUCAGGCUGUCAGAUGUUCGUCUGAGCCCAGAUGGACGUCACAUCCAUGUACUCCUCCGCCAGCCUAAGGUCGGUCUCAUGACUUUUGACAAGUAUGAAAGACACCAGCUGGCUCUCAACUCGAAGAAGCUGGACGUGUGGUUUAAAGGAGGUGUCCCCAUAGUGGAUGUGUUUUACUUGGACCAUCUUCACAACAAGGGCAACGGGACAGGAGCUGUUGCGGUGGUUGUUUUUGAGAAUGGGAAAGCCGAGUUUUGGAAAUUCCUGGAGUGCAAGACCGGCUGGCAUCUCCUACAGACCUCGGAUCUGUGCAACAGCCCCCAGGCCAGAGUUGUGUCAGUGUGUGCCUGCUCCAGUCUCCUGGUGUGGUGUGAGGAGCGGCCAGCCUCAGAAAGCUCCCCUGCUCACAGCUCCGCUGGGAACAAACUAAGAUACUGUGUGUGCAGACGGGACUUCGAGGUGGAGGAUGGAGCUGUGAGCCUGGGAGGGCUGAAAAUCAUCCUUCACAAUAAUCCUAAAUUCACUGUCAUCAGCUCAGGUGAUUACGUGCAUCUUCUGCCUAAUCUAAAAGCCAAGCCGCAACUGUGCAUCUCCAAAUUCUUCCUAACCUGGUCUCCUCACCAUGACUUCUUCACCAUCAGCACCACGUCCAAAAACACCCCAAUAAAGAAGCUUUCAGCCAAAGAGUCCGACUUCAGGCGUCUGAUUACUGAUUGUUUGGGAUAUUUAUCAGCUCUUGAGCCACUUGAAAUAUGCAGCUUUUCUCCCACAGGCUGUGGAGGCCUGCUGCUGCUCCUUGGUACGGGCUGGCUGUGUCUCCUGCAGAAGGACGGGAUGCUGCGGCAGGUAUACAAGCUGGCAGACAACUUCACGCCUCAACAGGACACUCACGCCAGCCUGUACAUGUACAUGGACACAGUGGGACUAAUAGUCGGAAAAACCCUGCAUCUGAUAGAGGUGAACUGUGGUAGAGAGCUGCAGAAGAUUGCAUUAAAGAAAGAGGGGUUGUUCUAUGCAAACCAGGCAGAGAGACGGACUCCCCAUCUGUUCUUAGAAACUGGACUUUUUAUGAUCGUGGAGAAGGAUUUUACAGUGAAGCUUCUGGGUUCCAGUCCAGCUGAGGGUGUUAAUCCUGGAGCCCACAUGGUUGAAGCCGUGUUCGAGGAGGCCUGCAAAUACUACCAGCAGAGGAGUCUUAGCAACACGCAGCUCACUGUGGACAACCUAAAGAAAGGAGGACGAUUUCAGGCCCCCAUCUCUUUAGCCUCCAUCCUCAGGAACUACCUCAUCUCAGGUUUCGGGAGGAACGAGACUGAGGUGUUGCAGAAUGGAGGAAGUGAACAUAUUGCAGGGAAAGAGAAGUUAAUGUGCUCUCUGGAGGGCGAGCUCAGAGCUCUGGUCUCUCUGGAGGACCUGAAGGGGAGUUUAGUGAGGGGGAAUGUUAAAGAGGUGGAGGCAGUGUGUGAAACUCUGGUGGAGAAAGAAGUGGUGAGGCUGCUGUCAUCCACGGAGCUGGACAAAGAAGCAUUGCUCUACCUGAACUCCAUCUUCAGAAUCUUCCCCAGCCAGGCGUGGAGAGCUGCACAGGCUGCGCUGCAGCUCCACUUCAACGGCGAGGGCACCUUGUCCAGCAGAGCCCCCCCAGAUGUGUGGAAAACGGUCCUCAGUCCUUGUCCAAACUCCUUUCUGUCUGCAAACGGGCAGUUGAAACUCAGUCACAGCCUGAAAGGUGAUUAUAACUGUAAAAUCAAACUUGCAGCUUCCACAUCAUCUGCUCUGCCUGUGUUUGAACUUCUCUGCCAGUCAGUCUUUCACUUCCAGCCCAGCUGGCUGCCGAGGUUUCUGGAGCUCUCCCAGCAGCAGCAGGGCUCUGCAAUGUUAGGACUGAGCCUGGCUUCUUCCUCCUGGGGCCUUUCCAGUGGCAGAGGAGGGGAGGGCAGGGAGAACAACGUGCCUCUCUAUAAGCGAGCGCUGUGGGUCCUGUCCAGCCUAAACCCAGACAGACAACAGCGCCAGGACCUGGAAGUGGAGCUUCUGUUGGUCAGUGGGCGGCCCAACGCCAUCCUGCAGGCACUGAGGAUCCUCAUGGACAAGCGUCAUUGGGAGCGGGUCACCCAGGUGGCCCACCAGUUCUGCAAACAGAGCCCGCUGCUCAACAAGGAGAUUUUCACCACUCUGCUCUGCGAGGUGGCUCAACACAGGGAGUUGGACCCCUACCUGGAACUGCUGUGGGCGUUGUGCCCCGAAGACUACACCGUCACCACCAUCCUCAACCUGGUGCUCAAAAACCUUCCCUCACACUCCAGCUGUGCCUCCUCACCCCCCUCUCCUUUUGCAGACCCCGACAGCAGCCAGCUGACCAUAGGGCAGCUAAAACCGCUGCUGAGAAAAGUGCUGCAGAGGGAGAUGAAGCCCAGCCAGCGGUACGCUGACAUCCUCCAGUCCCCAUCGUACCCACCUCCGGCUCUUCCCCGCCAGCCCACGGAGCGGGCGAGGUCCAUGUCUGAUCUAAACACAGACUCUGCUCCUUGCAGCAGCAUGGAUCCCUCUUUUUACCCAGAAACACAUGAACAGACAUCACCUGCUAACACAAAUAUUCAAGGGUCCAAAGCGGCUCUACAUGCAGACCCAAUUGGAUUUGCAUAAAUGCAAACAAACUUAUUGGAGAACAAAUGGUGUACAAACUGAAUGUCAGCAUCCUUACUUUAACACAAAGUAUGAAUAUCUGAAAGGUUCAUCGGUAGAGUAACUCACCGACACAAGUGAGAGGGUUGUAAGUUGAACUCUGACAACUGGAAACUAAAAUGACUACUGAAGAUCCUACAAGUGUAAAUAAUGCAGUGAAGUCUUUUAUGGACCUUUUUUUGUAAAUACUGAAUCUACAGGGUUACUUAUCUCCUAAACCUUAACUGCAUGGGAAUGAGACUGUUCUUGCACCAGCGCAUUUAACACCAUCCUUAAACUUUAAAUGAUGCAUAGUUUACUGUAAUAAGACAGUAUAACUGCUUGGUAAAUAACAAAGCCACUCAUUCGAGGACUUAAAGGGAUCGUCUGGAUUUUUUUUGACGUGAAGUUCUGUCCAGUUAAAAAUAGCUUCCUGACCUGUAGCUAGAAAUAUUCCACCGUUUUACAACAGUGAAGAAAUCCUCAGAGCUUGUUGAAAGCUAACAGCUAAUUUGACCAGCCAUUUUAGUUAUUUAAACUGAAAAUGUGGAUAUCCAUGCGAUACAACGUCAUAUUAGCAGAUAUUAACCAUCUACACCUUCACAAGAUUCACAACGUCCUACGCUAAAGUUGCAUUGAUUGAGGCUGCCGGCUGUAUCUGUCCCUCUGAUCAGCUCAGCUUCAGUCCGGCGGGAUGAUUUACAAACAGCCACCAAACCUGAAGAAGCACAGAAACAUGAAAUCUUUAUGUUGUUGCACAAGUAACCCCACUGUUGGUGGAGUAAGACGACCCCGGCUGAACCGUCGGAUUAAUGCAACUUCAGUGUAGUGACAGAGAUUUUUUUUGGCAGAUGAACCAGCGACAGACUGAACGCUCUCUUGUGACAUAUCGGAGGUUAGCAUCGGCUAAUAUAGCAUUGUAUGCAGUGGAUUGAAGUAGUUUCAGUUAAAGCUAAUCUAAUGGCUAAAACAGGCGUCCGUCUGAUUAACUGUUAGCCUUGAAUUCCUCUUUCUUUACUUUUUACAAACUCGCUGCGAUGUGACCUCAGUGUACUACAGGUAAAGGAACAAUACUUUAACAGCACCUCACGUCCAAACCUCUUAAAUGACAUCUCUGCCUUAUAACAGGCCCUCUGAAAGCCUCCUUCCCCCUCUGCAGUGGUAUUUAUCUCUUAAGCCUUAAAAGCAUUUACUUCAAUAUGAUGCAUGCUUAAUAAUGUGCAGGAUUUUUUUUAAAAAACCUCUUUUCUACAUCUGGGGUUUAUCGUGUUGCCUUUAUUCUAAAUUCGUCUCAAUCCUGUAACUUGGUAAUGCGCUUUCAUGCAGCUGGGAAUCUACAGAGAGAGCCGACUGUUUGUUUUUGUUUAAAGUGAGGGAGGACGGGUGGGGUCAAGGUUUUUUUACGGACUUUUAGUUUCACAUUCAAUAUAUUAAACGUGCUUAAACAUUAACUCAGCUUUGAUCGGCUCGCUAUGACCGGAAAACCAAACACUGAACAAUCUGCACGCUGGUUUCUUCUUUUACCGUCUUCCAUUUUCCUCUGCAGGCUCCAUCUUGUCUCCUCUAAACUCAACUCGAGGGACAUUCCAGAAUAAAUUCCCAGUAAAAGUGAUGCACAUUCUGGUGUUGAAAUUCAAUUUUAGUGCUAAUCUUGUUGGGAUACAAGCGUGUAUGUGUGUGUGUGUCUGAGUGGUGGACAUGUUUGGACCAAACCAAUCUCCCUGCUGCUUGCAUAAGAUCUUGUACUUCGUCCUUCAUGGAACCAACGAGGAUGAUGUUAUUAGAGAUGACAGACCGUCUGUAUUCUUGUCUCUGCACUUUGUUCCUACCGUUCGGUAUUGUUUGAUCUGAACUUCUGUUGAGAUUGAGCUUUUCUGAUUUAAGAUGUUUCACUGGUUUAUGUUAAUGUAAACUGAGUGGGAAGACUGUUUUUGUUGAAAAAUUUAUUUCAUUUUGUAUCUAAAUAUGGAAACCUCCAUAUUAUUUUUAUUUAUUUUGAAACAAACGUUUAAAGACUACAAAAGCUAAAUCUGUCUGAGCUCUUUGUGGGUGAGGUUCAGUGAAACCCAGAUGUCCCGUAUAUGUGCUAAGUGACGUUCAGACUCCAAAGGGGCUGCGGGACAGCUGAGAGAGCAGUGUCACAUUUCUCCUCAGCCUUCCUCGUAUUCCUGAGGGAGAACUCGCUGCACAGAAUGCAAACUCUGUCCGCUCUGCUUUCCUCCUCCGUUUUUAAAUUCAAUCAGAAACUCUUGGAUUCCUCGCACGGGUCUGUUGCUCCGGUGUCUUGAUUUAAACAAGCAUUUCAGCUGAUUUCAUAUCUGUGUGCUGGACACGUACACCCUGCCUUUCCCCACGCUGGCCGCUCAGACUGUCUGUUUGGAUGUUACAUUUUCAAUCGCCUUAAACUUUGCCUGCUCAUUGCUGCAGCUUAUAUUAAUUCCUUCUUGAUAUCCACAUUGUAACUUUGAUUACUUUUGCCAAUGUUCACUGAAGGAUUUUAAAUGGUCAAACCAGCUAAAAGUAUUUAUCACCAUUCGUUUUUAUGCUAUUAAAGUAAAAAUGAAAUUUC